AUGAUGGGCUGAUAUCGGUGAAGACUGGAAGCGGCGGCUCUCCCGACGACGACGGCGGGCGUACGCACGGAAUGCAGCAGGCGGGGCGGGGCGCGGGCGGCUGCUGCUGCCGCGGCGACGCUCGCUGCUGCCCGCCGCCCGCCUCGCCAGUCAGCCGCGCGCCACCCGACACGACUGUUGUUCGAGAAGCGCGUCUCGCCAACUCCGCUCGCAAGCAGUGGAGUAUGCUACAACAGAUGUCCUCGCCGCACAGCGCGCAACUCGGCGAGGCCGCGACUCUCGUGCGCUCCCUCGAAGGCCGCCUAUGCGGCGACGCAUCUUCGGAGGCUUCCUCAGAUGCCGCCGAAGAUUGUGAAUUACCACAGUGCAAGAUAAAAAGAAACUACAACUGCACCAAGUGCAUGUUUUAUACGCAGAAUCCACGCGUUUAUCUCGUGCAUACUCGCGACGUGCACUUUGAAAAACUUAAGAUAUACGAUUGUCCACAUUGUGUUUAUGCUUCACGACAUCAUCAAAAACUUACAAGACAUAUCAGAAUGGUACAUGAAAGUUCAAUUUUAAGCAAAGAAUCUGAUACUCUACCAUCUACAUCUGAAAACUUGGAACCUCUGGACAGAAUAGAAGAGAUGUUCGAAGAAAUAGAAGAAUGUGAUGACUCGCAGAUGGAUAUCGAUGAUGAUAACGAAGAGUCCCUCGAGCGCUCAUUUGAUGCCGAGGCAGUACCGUCAGGAUUAUCAACAGAUAGAAGUAAAUUCUUUUCUUGCAGUAAAUGCAACUACGUUACCCACAUUCGAGCUAGAUAUACAAAGCAUGUGAAGUAUCACUCAAUGCCUAUGAUUAAGUGUACUAUGUGCGAUUUCCGGACGCCUUAUAAAUGGAAUUUAGAUCGUCAUAUGAAAAACCACGGAGGCAACGGAAGCUUCCACUGUUCUAUGUGUAACUUUACCGCAGAUAUUAGACAAAGUUUGACGGUACAUGAAAUGAAUCAUCACACACCGCCCGCUGGUCAAUCAAGUUCGAGUCGCCGUCGCAACCGGGUGGGCGCCAGUGACAUGUCCACUUUUGUCGAUAUGACGGACGGAAACACACUCAUCUUGAAAGAGGAGGAAGGGAGCGGAGAUUCACGGUCCUCACACUCUGCAUCGGAAAUGGGUCUACAGUACAUGGACAAAGACAUCGUGAGUUGUAAUAGCGACUCUAACGAGGCUUCAUCUUCUGACGCUGUAAAAAGUGAAAAUUUGCAUAUUACAAAAGAAGUAGAAAAUGAUAUUACAUCGGAUGAAGCAAAAAAUCAAAAACAAUGUAAAAAAAUACCAAGACCGAUUCCACAACUUAUUCCUUUAAAUGCAUCAACGCCAAAUCAAAACAAAACACUUCCUGGUGAGCCUCCAGCUAAAAAAUUUAAGGAAACUACAACUCAGUCAGAUAUUCAAAAAACUGAUAAUUUACCUAUAGAUAUUACUUUGACUCCAGUAAAUAAUGUAGUUAGUAAAGAUAAUUCUAACCGCAAAAAGAAUGAAUCAUUUUUUGAUCGAUUAAAAGAGAGGUUAUUAACAGAAACUGGAGAAGAGGGUUCACUUAUAUGUAAAAAUUGUGGUUUUGAAAGUAAAUGUUUAUCAGAACAUUCUGUUCAUGAAAAAAACUGUACAUCUCAAUCAAAUCGAAUGUUAACCAACGCAUUACAUUCGAGCUUAGGAUCGACUAGGUGCCAAAACUGCAGGCAUCGAUGCAAGUCAAGUGCCGAUUUAUACAUACACAUGCAAACGUGCGGAAAGAAAGAUAACAAAUUUGAACAUGCAUCAGAAGUAAAUAAUCAAGAUAGUAGUGAAGCUAUAACGGCUAAUCAAGAAAAGGAAUUAGAGCCACAUCCAAUGGAAAACGUCGUUUUUGUUUGGAAUAAUAUAAGUCACGACUCAAAUAAAUUUGAUGUACCAUUAGACAUAAGUAUUAAUGAUGAUUCUACGCUACCAGAACAAAAUAGAAGUUUUGAUCCAGAUAUCGUUGAUGAUAAUGAAACCAUGAAUCUAUCACCUAGCCAAGCAGUUGGGAAAAAAGUUUUUAAAUGUCCACACUGUUUGUUCUGGGCAUCAACUGCUUCAAGGUUUCAUGUUCAUAUAGUUGGACAUUUAAACAAGAAACCAUUUGAAUGUUCAUUGUGUAAGUAUAAAUCAAAUUGGAGAUGGGAUAUUACAAAGCAUAUUAAACUUAAAUCGGCUCGAGAUCCAGACCAUGCAGAAGCAAAAGUACUUAUGACCGAUGAGACUGGUAGGCGCAAUUACAGCAAAUACAAUAAAUUUUUAGCAAUGCCUGUUUUAAAUGAAAACGGUGAAAAUGAAUUUCAUUACAUUGACCAAAAUACAUCUGUGGACACUGCGUUAGACGAUGACGCGUUUAGUGAUGUAGCUGAUGGAAUGAAUACUCCAUUUGAAAUGCAACCACUUAAUUUACAAACUCUGAACAGUGAUCACAAGUAUGAAUUAGAUAACAGAAAUAUUGAUGCUAAAAAACCUAAAAAAACCCUAUGGAAAUGCAAAAAAUGCAAUUACAAAGAUUCAUCGAGAGAAGCCUUACUAGAACAUGUUCGUGAGCACUCGAGACCGGAUGAGUGUUUGGAAGAAACGAAACCUAUCAUUAAUAAAAAACCCGAGAACAUGCCUGAUCCGGCCGACUUGGCGUAUAGAUGCGGACACUGCAACCAAUUGUCUAAUUGGAAGCAUGUUAUACAGAGACAUUGCCGAUUAAAGCAUGAUGGAGUAAUUAAAGUCAUCACCACAGUUAAACCAAAACCCGAUAUAAAUGCAACGUCAGCCAACGAAAUCAGUACUGACACUUGCACUAAAUGUCCAUAUAAAGCCAGCGAUAAGCAUACACUUAUGGCGCAUUUACAACAGCAUCAGCCGUCACCGCACUCAAUAUUUAAGUGCUACUUUUGCCCAUUCUUUGUGAAAGACGAGCAUGAAUUAACUCAACAUCUUAUUUUACACGGCAUUACUGAUCCAGAAGAUUAUAUAUCAAAAGCAAUGGGAUGCAAAUCGCCUUUACCAGAGCAAGGACUACACGCUUUACCAAACUCUUCAUCGACGAAAAGACAUAGAUGUACAGAAUGUCCAUAUGAAACUAAUAGUAAGUCUCAGUUUAUGUAUCAUGAGCAAUUCCAUCGGUUACCGGCUGAUACUCCAUAUAAAUGUCAAGAGUGUAAUUAUAGUGUUUCAAAAAGGCACUUGCUUCAUCAACACAUGCGGGUUCAUGGCAUUAUUGCGAAAAAAGGUGAAAUAGAAGCUGAGUUAGAAUCUUUUUCAUCCAAUUCUAAUCAAAUAGAUGCACAGUCUGAAUUUUCGAUGAACCUUGAUGAAAUUCCUUUCGUGUGGGUAUCGGCUAAGAAUGAGUUUCACAAAAUGUAUAAAUGUCGUUAUUGUUCAUACGUAAAUUCACAAAAAUGUAAAAUACCUAAUCAUGAAAAAAUACACUGUAUUGUAUUUGAAAAUAGUGAUAUAACAAUAUAUAAAUGUUUGGAAUGUAAAUUCACGUGCGAUAAUAAAGGGAGAUUAUCGGAACACUCCAAAACUCAUGGGGAAAUAUACGGCCGAAUUUACUGUCCUGUUGAAUCAGGUUUACCGGAUGAAGAACAAAUAGCUAAGUUGCGUAAAGUGAUAGAGAAAGAAAAAAAUAACAUGGAAAAUGAAUUAGUUAAAGAAGAGGAAAAUCAAAACGAAGGAAAAGAAACGAAAACAUUAUACUUCUGUCAAAAAUGUCCAGCAAGAUUCUUUGCAGACAGUGAAUUAAAAGUUCACGAUAAAUUCCAUGAUUUAACAUUUUCAAAUAAAUGUAAGGCUUGUGAAUUUUCAGUACCACUUGAAAAUGAAUUAAUUACCCAUAAUUUGGUACACACAGAUGAAUAUAAUACAAAAACAAAAAUGCUUAAAUUCGUUCAUAAAAUUCAUAGUCUUUAUAAAGAACCCAAACUGCAACUUUUUCAUUGUCCACUUACUUCAGAUAUGACAUGGGUAGUAGCUAAUCCCGGAAAAAAUUAUGAAUUUCAUGAAAAUGUUACCAAGAAAUCUUCAGAUACAAAACAUGUGCCAAAACAGUACUUUUGCAAAGAAUGCCCAGCCAAGUUCUUUAAAACUUCUGCAUUAAGUUAUCAUAUGGGACUACAUGGAGGAGAAGGUGAACAUAAAUGUAAGAAAUGUAGUUAUGCUGUUAAAAAUAUUGGAAACCUAGCUAAACAUGAAAUAUUACAUGAAAACGAAAAUAAAUCUGCUACUUGUGAUUAUGAAUCUGGUGAUGAUUUAGAUUAUAAAAAUAUACCUUUAUCAGGAACUGACUUAUUCCAAAGAAAAACAGAGGCCCAGAAAAGAGUUUUAACAGACAAAGAUAAGCUUGUGAAGCCAAAUGAUCAUUUCCCACCAGUGCUUCAGGCUGAUCCUCAGUUUGGAUAUUUAAUGCAUGGCAAUCCAGAAUUCAUUUAUCCAACUUACCUUAAAAAUGGACGACAGAAGGAAAAACGUUAUAAAUGCCACAAAUGCCCAUCAGCUUUUGAAAAACGUGAACAAUACAAAAUACAUUUAUCAUUGCAUGGUUCAAAACAAAGAUACAAGUGUGAAUUAUGCGACUAUUCUGUGAAAUAUUAUGCCAAUUAUGUCCAACAUAUGAGAAAACAUCAAAUGAACGAUGAAGCCCAAGCAGAACGAAAGAAAGACGUAAAUGGUUAUGUAGAAUCUGAAAUCGAAAAUACUGAAAGCAAAAAAGAUGAGAGUGGUGAAAACAUUAACUUAGCUAUUAAAACUAUGCCCAAAAGGCCUCCUCGAACUGAUUUCCAACAAUUUUCAAUUAGUGAUCAACAAACACUCCGAUUAUUACAACGUCGACGUUCUAUGAAUCAUACAGGAAAGGACGCUACUACUUCAGACCUUUCACCGACAAAGGACCGCAAGCUACACAUGUGUCUUUUAUGUCCAUAUACGAAUCAACGUCAAGACGCCCUUAGUAAUCAUUACAGAAGACACGAUGAAACUGACGUCGUCAAUGGUGGUAAUCAUAAAUGUUCAUUCUGUGAUUUAGUAGUGGUUCAAUCGCAUUUUCUCCGCGAGCAUUUAAAAACUCAUUUUAAUUACCAAAAGAACCUAACCCCCGAGUGUUUCGUGGCUAAUGAAAACGUUACUUUUUCUGUUACAAAAUUAGAAGAAAAUGAAGAAAAUAAUACGACUUGUGAUCUCAAAUUAGAUAUGCUAAAUCAAAAUAAUAUGUGCAAUGAAAACAAAAUAUUUGUAAAAAUUAAAACAGGUGAACUGUUUGUUGAAUAGUUUAUAUUUAAUAUAAGUGUAGUUGUAAGUUAAAAUAAGUAUUUACAAUAAGCAAAAUUAUUACGAAAAUAAAAAUAGUUCCAUAAAAAGGAGCCAAAAACUGAAACUGUCGAUAUUCACCAAAGUAUAGCUUGCCAUAUUAGUUUAGAACACUUGGCGAAUUUUUCGGAUCAUUUUUGGGGUGCAUUACAAGUUGCACACAUGUCUGGCCAGUAACAUAAAGAACACUUCAAAUUAAACGCGAAACUACUUUCUAUUGUACCUAUAAUCAUUAAAUCAAUAAAAGAUUUAAUAAGGGAUCAAUGAAAAAAUCUAAUUUUAAAUCAAUUAUUAUAUUUUUGGAGCAUUGGAUAGAACUGAUCAAUAAUAAAUCAAAGAUAAAUUACAAAUAGAUCAGUUUUAUUCAAAUGAUGUGAUAAAAAUAUAGAAAUUAAUGAUGUAAAAUGACCAUUUAAUACAUUCAUAACUUUGUUUAGAUCAACUAAAAUGUAUUUCAUUCAAAAAAGUAUGCUUUUUAAAGUGUGGUUAUUCUUCUCAUGAAAGGUGUUACAAGUCCAUCCAUAACAUAUUUCAAUAUAUAAUGCUGAAAUAUGGACUAUUAUUUUAAUCAUUAAAAAAAUUAUCCUGAAAGUACCUAAGAAACUAUUCAAAUAUUUAUGGGAAUAUCAUUGCUUAAUAAAUAUAAUAGUUUUAUUAUUAUUAUGUUUAAAAUUUAAAAACUAUUCAAUUACAAAUUUAUGUUAUACUAAAAUAUAAUCAUAAAAUUACUAGAACAGAAUAUAGUUUUCUUUAGAGUUGGUACUGAUAAUAAAAUUGAAAUUGCAAUUCUUUUAAGUAGUUCUGAAUGUCUGUUUUAAGUAAAAGGCUUUUAGUUUAACUAUUAAAAUUAUAGAAUUGACGUUUUUGUAUCAUAGUUAUAAUAAUUUUAUAUACAUUGAAGAUAUUAAAAAUGUGAAUUUGAUCCACACAUUUUAACUAACAGACAAUAAUUUAUUAACUAUGUGAAUUCAGUAUAAAAAAUUUGAAACAAUAUCUUCAGAAAUUGUCACUCUUUAUUGUGUAUGUAUUUAUUUUCACUAGUGAGUAGGAUAUUUGAAAAACAUAUUUUUGCAGACUUUUUGAUUGAAUUUAAAAAGUAAGAAGCGAAGGCACUGUCAAACCAAUAUAAAUAUAGAAUAUCAUUUUAAUAUGCUCUUAAGAGCACAUUCCUUUUGUGAGUAAAAGAAUGUAGAGAAAUAUAUAGCAAUGUGAU